GGUACUUAUACUACGUCAUUUCCUCCCAGCGCCCUCUUUUUCACCGUGUGGUCAGAUUUCCAUACGGCGUUGUUUCGUGCUCUCCUAUCACUCGUAACUCAAGGAAAGCGGUCACGAUGUCCGGAGGUCUAGAUGUCCUUCAAAUGAAGGAGGAGGAUGUGCUGAAGUUCCUGGCGGCAGGAACCCAUCUGGGAGGAACCAACUUGGACUUCCAGAUGGAUCAGUAUGUGUACAAGAGAAAAAGUGACGGUGUGUACAUCAUCAAUCUGAAGAGGACCUGGGAGAAGCUGCUGCUUGCUGCCAGGGCCAUUGUUGCUAUUGAAAACCCAGCUGAUGUGUGUGUCAUCUCUUCCAGGAACACCGGACAGAGAGCAGUGCUGAAGUUCGCCUCUGCCACCGGUGCCACCACCUUCCACGGUCGGUUCACUCCCGGUACAUUCACCAAUCAGAUCCAGGCGGCUUUUAGGGAGCCCCGUCUCCUGCUCGUGACAGACCCCCGGGCUGACCAUCAGCCACUGACUGAGGCGUCCUACGUCAACAUCCCCACCAUUGCCUUGUGCAACACUGACUCCCCACUGGGAUAUGUAGACAUUGCAAUCCCCUGUAACAACAAGGGUCACCACUCUGUGGGUCUGAUGUGGUGGAUGUUGGCCAGGGAGGUUCUCAGGAUGAGGGGAACCAUCUCCAGGGAGCACCCAUGGGAGGUCAUGCCAGAUCUGUACUUCUACAGGGAUCCCGAGGAGAUCGAGAAGGAGGAGCAGGCCGCAGCUGAGAAGGCUGUUGGGAAGGAGGAGUUCCAGGGUGAAUGGAGCGCCCCCGCUGCUGAGUUCACCCAGCCUGAGGUGGCCGACUGGUCUGAGGGUGUUGCGGUGCCAUCUGUGCCCAUCCAACAGUUCCCUGCCCCCGCUGCUCCAGCUGUUAAGACAGAGGACUGGAGCACCCAGCCUGCCACGGAGGACUGGUCCACUGCCCCCACUGCCCAGGCAUCCGACUGGGGCGGCACUACGUCCGACUGGGCUUAAAUUGAUCGCUAUGGCAACAAUAAACAGUGUUUUCACACUUUGA